AUGGAUUUCAGACGUGGGGCCCCGAUAGCCAACCCAAGGUUCGCCCCCAGCAACAAGCGAGAACGUGAAUUGUCUGAAGACGACGACGACGACGACGAUGCCCGGAGCGAUGGCGCGACCGAGGUGUCACACGAACACGAUUUCAAACGGCCACGCCAUAGUUUCGGUUCUAAAGACGACUACACUGUGAUCGAUAUCUACCAAGUGUACUGCCAGCAAAAACGAGGGCGUCAAACCGACCACUCUGGCCACGUCAAGAACGCUCUAUAUCUCGACGCUCCAAGGCUCUUCCCGGGCGACGACAAGGCCAGCCAGCUUCGCGGUAAGAAGCGCAUCCAAGACUACAACGAGCUUGUGGCUUCAGCCGGCAUCGUCAUCUACAAGACGUAUUCCUGCGACGCGUACCUUCGGCAAGUCGACGCCCUCUUUGAGCAGGUCACCCUACCGCACCUGCAGGAGCCAUUCCUGCGCGCAAACCAAGCACACUUCUUUCGCUUUCCAUGUGACGGCCCCGAGGCUUUACCACAGUCGAUCAGAUUGGAUUUGCAAUCCACCGACUUCGUCAACGACUUGUCUACUGUCCUCGGGAAUUCCGACAUCCUCAGUAGGUGGCAGGAUGAAGAGAGCUUGAGCUUUCCCUUUCCGUUCUACUUCCAUCACGCCGCCGAGGUUCAGGAGGUAGUGCGUCUGUCCGCAGGGCCAGAACUGCAGAGAUACACGAGCCUGCUUCUGCGCUGUAUCGCGGAGCUGGGAAGUAAAGACCACGCGGAAGCGGAGACACUUUUCUCAUCGGGACUUGUUAGCGAUGCGCAUUUCAGCAAGCUGUUCCGCGUGGGAGAACUCGUCGUCACACGCAAAGACACGAUCCUGCUUGCGUACAGGCUUGAGCAAGUUCAGGAGGCGCAAGAUGGCCUUUCUCUUGACUGCUGGUCCCAUGACUUUAAUGGAGCCUUCAAAGUGCGCCAGACCAAACUCCACGUGCGCCGCCCCUUAGAGAAAGAACCCGUCAGCGUCAAUAGUCUGGAGAUUUUUCCACUCAGGCUCGAUCUGUCUGGUGUAAGAGACCAGCUACUCUCUCGGGGCCGCAAAUUCUGGGACUGUCGCGGCAGGAAAUACAUUCAUUACACCGCGCCUCACAGGCCGUUUGAGUCACGGACAGCACAACACCGAUAUAUGAUUGAUUACAACAUGUAUCGUGUUAUCCAUCAGCCAGAAGAAGGACAGCAAGCCAUCGAGCAUCAAAGACGAGCCGACGCCGGCGAGAUCCCAUCAGAGACUCUCGAGCAGCUCGAAGGAACUGAUCACGACGAGAUGCUGAUGCUGCUGCCGGCAUACGUCCAAGGCUUUGGUUUUCUGGACAAGAAGUGGCGUACCCUGCAAGUGGAUCACAUUAAUGAGCUGAAAUGGAACACCGAAGCCUUCGAUCAAUUGGUUCUCGAUAAACGCAAAAAGGACCUCGUGAAGGCGCUCGUUUCCGUCCACCUGACAUCGAGGAAGGGUGUCGAUAUUAUCGAGGGCAAGGGCAAUGGCUUGAUAAUCCUGCUCCACGGCGGCCCCGGCACCGGCAAGACAUUGACGGCUGAGACCGUGGCAGAACUCGCAAAGAAGCCUCUCUAUCGAGUCACGUGCGGCGACAUGGGCAUUGACCCCGAGGGCGUCGAGAAGUAUCUCGAGUCAGUCUUACAUAUCGGCACCGAAUGGGACUGCGUGGUGCUCCUCGACGAAGCCGACAUCUUCCUCGAGCGGCGGACCACCGAGGACAUCAAGCGCAACGCCCUCGUCUCAGUCUUCCUCCGCGUCCUCGAAUACUACGACGGAAUCCUGAUUCUGACCACAAACCGCAUCGGCUUGUUUGACGAGGCCUUCAAGAGCCGCAUCCAGCUGGCCGUGCACUAUCCUUCCCUGGACCGCGACGGACGCGCUCAGGUGUGGUUGAGUGCGCUUCGCUCCAUCCCGGAAGGACAGGUCGGCCUCGACUUGCAGAAGCUUCAGCUCCACGUACCGAAGCUCUCGGAGCAGCCGCUGAACGGCCGGCAGAUCCGCAGUACAGUCCACUGUGCCAUGCAGCUAGCCAUGUUCCACAAUGAGAGGCUAGAGCUUAGUCACUUUGAGUCUGUCAUAGCCAUCACGAUGGAGUUUGAGAGGUAUGUCACAGAAGUCCGCGGUGAAGAUGACGACGAGGCUGCCCGGACCGAGGGCCUGAGAUGCUGA